GUGCGGACCCCGCCCCGGUCCGUCCGUGAAUACGCUCCGGAGGCAUAAGCCAACGCGCAGCCUCGCCCGGCGCUGCCUGCAGGCUCCUCUGUGGCCCUGCGGGUCCGGUCGCCGGCUCCGAGAUGCGCCCCCUGCUUGGCUUCCUGCUGGUCUUCGUCUGCUGCACCUUCGCCCUGUACUUGCUGUCGACGCGACUGCCCCGCGGGCGGACGCUGGGCCCGGACGAGGAGACUGGAGGCAGGUCACUGUGGUUCCCCUCAGACUUGGCCGAGCUGCGGGAACUUUCUGAGGUCCUUCGAGAGUACCGGAAGGAGCACCAGGCCUACGUGUUCCUGCUGUUCUGCAGUGCCUACCUCUACAAACAGGGCUUUGCCAUCCCUGGCUCCAGCUUCCUGAACAUUUUAGCUGGUGCUUUGUUUGGACCAUGGCUGGGGCUUCUGCUGUGUUGUGUGUUGACAUCAGUGGGCGCCACAUGCUGCUAUCUGCUCUCUAGUAUUUUUGGCAAACAGCUGGUGGUCUCCUACUUCCCUGAUAAAGUAUGCCUGCUGCAGAGGAAGGUGGAAGAGAACAGAAACAGCUUGUUUUUUUUCUUACUGUUUUUGAGACUUUUCCCCAUGACACCAAACUGGUUCUUGAACCUCUCAGCUCCGAUUCUGAACAUCCCGAUUGUGCAUUUCUUCUUCUCUGUUCUGAUCGGUGGGCAAGAACUGGACGAGCUAAAGUGUGUUUUAUGGUGGAGAGAAAGGGGACAUAGACUUGUUCCCAGAAGAAAUGAACCAGAGAGAUUCAUAGUUUAGUGUGGUCUGAAGUCUCAAGAGAUGAACUCUCAGUUCCCAGAAGAAAUGAACCAGAGAGAUUCACAGUUGAGUGUGGUCUGAAGUCCAAGGAUGGAAAAUAUGGCCUUUUAAGGUACUUUUCCGGCCCGAUCACCCUCUAAGUGAGUAGGCCUCCUUCUAGAAUGCCUCUAGUCUUAUUACGGGAUGACAUCAUAGCUAGGCAUUUUAUUUCAAUGUCAUGAUAUACAUAUUCUUUUUGUUUGCUUGUUUCUUUUUAUGUUUCCCUGCUACUCCCAGCCAGGAGAAAUAAAAAGUUGUUACUAUGGGACCUGGAAAGAAGGAGAUGACAAACUGUGCUGCCCGCUCUUGAAUCUGCCUAACCCAUGGGCCCCGGGCAGCAACUCCCUAGGUUGGCUCCUCCCAGGGGACUAAAUAAUUCUCUUUUUGCCUCUAAUGUAGUCCCAUGAUUUUAUUUCUUAAGAAACUUGAGAAAGUUUACAGCUUUUGAAGUAUUUGUCCAUCCACUCAGUCAUCUGCCCACCCGGGAGCUUUCAGGAUCAAGUCAAAGCCACAGUGCAUCCACUGGCCUCCAGGGCAGAACCCGCAUCCUCAGAUGAUUGUUGUUGCACACAGAAAAUGAGGGAAUACAACUAAGAUGAAUACCAGGGAGCUCCCAAAUGGCAGUUCCAUUUUCAUUCCUUCAUAAAAAUCAUAAAAACCCAUAAUUAUUCAUGGUUAGCAAUAAACACAAUCAUUGUGCUACACUGUAAAGCCACACCUUCUGAUCGACAGAAAAUGAGAAUAAUUAUUAUAAAACAAAAUAACAGUGAUAAUAAUGCCAUAACUUAAGAUCUUUCAUGUAGUCCAGCUACAGAAUUUAUACAAAAUGGAAUAAUUUAAUGCAAACAAUACUGCUCUCUGUAUAAGUUAAACAUUUUCCUUCAUCUUACCUAAGAGCUAUAAAUUAUAGACACUAAAUUUUAAAUCAACGACUCAACAUAAAGUGUAAACACAUGGAGGGAUCAGACAAGCAAAGGAAGUGCUCUAAAUUCCCUCCACCUUUCCUUUUUGGCUGAUGCAAUCGGCGACCCCCAGCGGAGGGCAACGUUUUCAUCCUUGUUGGAAAUAGUUUAAUACCUGUAAUGUGUAAGUCUUUCCUAAUGUCCAACGUGAUGCAGUGUCAAAGAGUCAAGCCAUGUUCUUCAGGUCUUGAGCCUAGAGAGGUUGUUUGACAGAAACCUGUCUUGGAGACAGAGAUGGAAACUAGGCCAACACCCGUUUUUAUAUAAAAUUCUAGAUAAAAAUUUCCUUGAAGCUGAGGCAUGAUGAAAUUCCUUGGGAUGCUUUUCAAAGACCGUGACCCCAGAGACAAGCCAGGACCUCAUGUCUUGGACAAUGUAAAAUCUCUCUAAUUGCUGCUCAGCAUCAGUUGUUCUUUCUAUAAAUUUCCAGAUUCAAUUAUUUCCAACUGCAUUGAUCCAAAGUGCAGUAAAAUACACUUUACCAGUUGCAUUUAACAAAAAUGCUAUUGUAAUGUGGGAGGGGUUGACUUUUACAAGUUGCUUAUGCUGCCUUUAUCCUGAUAGUGGUAGCUAGGCACUAAAGCUUCCCAGAUAGAAUGAGUUAAUGAAUAAAAACAAGGGGGUGGUUCGGGAUUGGACUUUGGACAGACUCACACACACGCUAGCUGCCUUCAAAGUCUGUUCUGUUUGAAUCAAUAUGACUCUAGUAGACAAGUAACCUGGUUCCACAGAGGGGUGAUCUGAUCUUCUUCACGUAGCUGAACUGAGACAUUGUGAGAAUGUACUUUCACAAAUUCCACAUUUGCUUUUCUAAUACUGUUGUAAAUUUCCUUUUUCUCUUUUUGGCACCCCCUGCCUUUUUUCCUAAAGGAAGUGGUCAACAGGUGGAAAGGAAAUAGGCUAUAAGAAAAUGGCACUUGAGUCUCAAAAAUCAACACAUUGGUCAAGGUAACACAUUUGUCAAGGUAAUGACAAUGACAGCAUUAAAAAGGGAAGCAUUUGUCAAAGACAAGGCUUGAUGCUAUCUGUAAGUCUCACUACCAAAUACUGCUUCAAGUUCUUGAAAUGAAAUCAGCUUCCAGAUGUGUAGUUGUCUUUUUUCCUCCUAGAGGAAGCACAUGCCCUCAAGGACCUUGGGUGCAAGUAUCUGGUCAUCAGUCUCUUCUAGAUCAUUUCCAUCACCCAUGUGGGCAAGCUGGUUGAACUUAAUGUGGUCUGUUCACAAGUUACCUGGAAUUGCUUUUCUUUGUUUUCUAAAAUAAUCAGUAUGUCUUGCUCUGGCUCUUCUUCGUCUCUUAUGGCCAAAAGAACUGGUCCCCUGUUCAAGUAGCAAUAAUAUCUCCUGGCCCCACAAAUUCCCAAUGAUGUUGCUCCUAAAUUCCACUUCUUUCUUUCUUUUCUUUCUUCCUUUAUCUCUCUCUCUCUCUCUCUCUCUCUCUCUCUUUUUGCAAGAAAUUAUUGUGUCUCUCUCUAUAUCAUAUAUAGUUCACUCUUUACAGUACAAAGUGUUAAAAUGUCAAACAAAAAUAAAUAUCAAUGUUACAGUAGCUAGAAUAUUCAAUAAAAUAGAUCCCUGCCAUUCUUGAUUGAAA